CGAGGGCGGCGAGGGCGGCGGAUCCCUGAGAUCGGAGGAGCGCGAGGAGUGUAGGAGCCGGGCGGCCGGAGGGGUAUAGACAUUUCCAUCAUGGCUCAUUCAAAGACAAGGACCAACGAUGGGAAAAUUACUUACCCUCCUGGAGUCAAGGAAAUCUCAGAUAAAAUCUCUAAAGAGGAGAUGGUGAGGCGGUUAAAGAUGGUUGUAAAAACUUUCAUGGACAUGGACCAGGACUCUGAAGAGGAAAAGGAACUUUAUCUAAACCUAGCUUUACAUCUUGCUUCUGACUUCUUCCUCAAGCAUCCUGAUAAAGAUGUUCGUUUACUGGUGGCUUGCUGCCUUGCUGAUAUUUUCAGGAUUUAUGCUCCUGAGGCUCCUUACACGUCUCCCGAUAAACUAAAGGAUAUAUUUAUGUUUAUAACAAGGCAACUAAAGGGACUAGAAGAUACAAAGAGCCCUCAAUUUAAUAGGUAUUUUUAUUUACUCGAGAACAUUGCAUGGGUUAAAUCAUAUAACAUAUGCUUUGAGUUAGAAGAUAGCAAUGAAAUCUUUACUCAACUUUACAGAACAUUAUUCUCAGUUAUAAACAAUGGCCACAAUCAGAAAGUUCAUAUGCACAUGGUGGACCUCAUGAGCUCUAUCAUUUGUGAAGGUGAUACAGUAUCUCAGGAGCUCUUAGAUACAGUUUUAGUAAAUCUGGUACCUGCUCAUAAGAACUUAAACAAGCAAGCAUAUGAUUUGGCAAAGGCUUUGCUGAAGAGGACUGCUCAAGCUAUUGAACCAUAUAUUACCAAUUUUUUUAACCAGGUUCUGAUGCUUGGGAAAACGUCUAUCAGUGAUUUGUCUGAGCAUGUCUUUGAUUUGAUCUUGGAACUCUACAACAUUGACAGCCAUUUGCUGCUUUCUGUUCUGCCCCAGCUUGAGUUUAAAUUAAAGAGCAAUGAUAAUGAAGAACGCCUUCAGGUUGUUAAACUACUGGCAAAAAUGUUUGGGGCAAAGGAUUCAGAAUUGGCUUCUCAAAACAAACCCCUCUGGCAGUGCUACUUGGGCAGGUUUAAUGAUAUCCAUGUACCAAUACGCCUGGAAUGUGUAAAAUUUGCCAGCCACUGCCUCAUGAACCAUCCUGAUUUAGCAAAGGAUUUAACAGAGUACCUUAAAGUGAGGUCACAUGAUCCUGAGGAAGCUAUUAGACAUGAUGUUAUUGUGUCUAUAGUAACAGCUGCUAAAAAGGAUAUUCUUCUUGUCAAUGAUCACUUACUCAAUUUUGUGAGAGAGCGAACAUUGGACAAACGGUGGAGAGUACGUAAAGAAGCCAUGAUGGGACUGGCCCAGAUUUAUAAGAAAUACUCUUUACAGUCAGCAGCUGGCAAAGAUGCUGCAAAACAGAUCUCCUGGGUCAAGGACAAGCUGCUGCAUAUAUACUAUCAGAACAGCAUCGACGACCGGGUAAUAUCUCAAGAUAGCUGGAAUAUUCUGAAAGGACAUUUAGCCUAUUUGUAUGUUCUUGUGUUUUUCAGAGCAUUGAAUGAAAUGUGGAAAUGUCAAAAUCUACUCCGACAUCAAGUAAAGGAUUUACUUGAUUUAAUUAAACAACCAAAAACAGAUGCCAGUGUCAAGGCCAUAUUUUCUAAAGUGAUGGUUAUCACAAGAAAUUUGCCAGAUCCUGGUAAGGCCCAAGACUUCAUGAAGAAGUUCACACAAGUGUUGGAAGAUGAUGAGAAAAUACGGAAACAGCUGGAAGCCCUUGUUAGUCCCACAUGCUCCUGCAAGCAGGCUGAAGGCUGUGUGCGUGAAAUAACUAAGAAGUUGGGCAACCCUAAGCAGCCUACAAAUCCUUUCUUGGAAAUGAUCAAGUUUCUCUUGGAGAGGAUAGCUCCUGUACACAUAGAUACUGAAUCCAUCAGUGCUCUUAUCAAGCAAGUGAAUAAAUCAAUAGAUGGAACAGCAGAUGAUGAGGAUGAGGGUGUUCCAACUGAUCAAGCUAUCAGAGCAGGCCUUGAGCUGCUGAAGGUGCUGUCUUUUACGCACCCUAUCUCCUUUCACUCUGCUGAGACAUUUGAGUCCCUUCUGGCUUGUCUGAAGAUGGAUGAUGAGAAGGUGGCAGAAGCUGCUCUACAAAUUUUCAAAAACACAGGAAGCAAAAUUGAAGAGGAUUUCCCUCACAUCAGAUCAGCCUUGCUUCCUGUACUACAUCACAAAUCCAAAAAAGGACCACCUCGCCAGGCUAAAUACGCCAUCCAUUGUAUUCAUGCCAUAUUUUCUAGUAAAGAGACCCAGUUUGCACAGAUAUUUGAGCCUCUGCAUAAAAGCCUAGAUCCAAGCAACCUGGAGCAUCUUAUAACCCCACUGGUCACUAUCGGUCAUAUUGCUCUUCUUGCACCUGAUCAGUUCGCUGCUCCUCUGAAGUCUUUGGUGGCAACUUUCAUUGUGAAGGACCUCCUCAUGAAUGACCGGCUCCCAGGAAAAAAGACAACUAAGCUUUGGGUUCCAGAUGAAGAAGUCUCACCUGAGACAAUGGUCAAAAUUCAGGCUAUUAAAAUGAUGGUUCGAUGGCUACUUGGAAUGAAGAAUAAUCACAGUAAGUCAGGAACUUCCACCCUCAGAUUACUAACAACGAUACUGCAUAGUGAUGGAGAUUUGACAGAACAAGGGAAAAUUAGUAAACCAGAUAUGUCACGCCUGAGACUUGCUGCUGGGAGUGCUAUUGUGAAGCUGGCACAGGAGCCCUGUUACCACGAGAUCAUUACACUGGAGCAGUACCAGCUGUGUGCACUAGCCAUCAAUGAUGAGUGUUAUCAAGUCAGGCAGGUGUUUGCUCAGAAACUUCACAAAGGCCUUUCCCGCUUACGGCUUCCCCUUGAGUACAUGGCCAUCUGUGCUCUUUGUGCCAAAGACCCUGUGAAAGAGAGGAGAGCUCAUGCUAGACAGUGCUUGGUGAAGAACAUCACUGUGAGGAGAGAGUACCUGAAGCAGCAUGCAGCUGUUAGUGAAAAAUUAUUGUCUCUUCUACCAGAGUAUGUUGUUCCAUAUACAAUUCACCUUUUGGCACAUGACCCAGAUUAUGUCAAAGUACAGGAUAUUGAACAACUUAAAGAUGUGAAAGAAUGCCUUUGGUUUGUUCUGGAGAUAUUGAUGGCUAAAAAUGAAAACAACAGCCAUGCAUUUAUCAGAAAAAUGGUAGAAAAUAUUAAACAGACAAAAGAUGCUCAAGGACCAGAUGAUACAAAAAUGAAUGAAAAAUUGUACACCGUGUGUGAUGUUGCCAUGAAUAUCAUCAUGUCCAAGAGCACCACGUACAGCCUGGAGUCUCCUAAGGACCCCGUGCUGCCAGCUCGGUUUUUCACCCAGCCUGACAAGAAUUUUAGUAACACCAAAAAUUACCUGCCUCCAGAAAUGAAAUCAUUUUUCACUCCUGGAAAACCUAAAACAGCCAAUGUUCUCGGAGCAGUUAAUAAGCCACUUUCAUCAGCAGGCAAACAGUCUCAGACCAAAUCAUCAAGAAUGGAAACCGUGAGCAAUGCAAGCAGCAGCUCCAACCCAAGCUCUCCUGGAAGGAUCAAGGGGAGGCUCGAUAGCUCUGAAAUGGAUCACAGUGAAAAUGAAGAUUAUACAAUGUCUUCACCUUUGCCAGGAAAAAAAAGUGACAAGAGAGAAGACUCUGAUCUUGUAAGGUCUGAGUUGGAGAAGCCUAGAAGUCGGAAAAAAGCACCUGUCACAGACCCUGAAGAGAAAUUAGGCAUGGAUGACCUGACUAAGUUGGUACAGGAACAGAAACCUAAAGGCAGUCAGCGAGGCCGGAAAAGAGGCCGUACAGCUUCAGACUCAGACGAACAGCAGUGGCCUGAGGAGAAGAGGCACAAAGAGGAGCUCCUGGAAAAUGAGGAUGAGCAGAACAGCCCACCAAAAAAGGGCAAAAGAGGCAGGCCACCAAAACCUCUUGGUGGGGGGACAUCGAAGGAAGAGCCCACAAUGAAAACAUCCAAGAAAGGGAACAAGAAAAAACUUGUACCUCCUGUAGUAGACGACGAUGAAGAAGAAGAAAGACAAAUUGGAAACACAGAACAUAAGUCAAAAAGCAAACAGCACCGCACAUCAAAGAGAGCACAACAGAGAGCAGAAUCUCCUGAAACAAGUGCAGUUGAAUCCACACAGUCCACACCACAGAAAGGACGAGGAAGACCAUCAAAAGCACCAUCACCAUCACAACCCCCCAAAAAAAUCCGGGUAGGACGCUCCAAACAGGUAGCCACUAAAGAAAACGAUUCAAGUGAAGAAAUGGAUGUGCUUCAGGCCAGCUCUCCUGUCAGUGACGACACUACACAGGAAGGAGCAGAAGAGGAGGACAUUUCUGUGGGAAAUGUACGACGGCGAAGCUCCAAACGAGAGAGACGAUGAACACAUCAUUAACUUCCAUUGUGAAAGCUUUGGGGGGAAAAAACAUUUUUUUGUCUAAGUAUAAGGCUAAAUAAAGCCUUGGAUGCACAAACCAGAACUGCCAAAGCGUGGACAGUUGGACUUCGGAUGACCAUGGGUUUGUGGUCACACGUAUCAGCCAUCCACACAGCGGUAACACUGACUCCAGAGUCUUGUAAAAGUGUCCUGUGUGAUGGCUGUGUAGACACAAACUAAAGAAGACACGUGUAAAUAAUCCCACUUCCCCAUUUCUGACUUCUAAAGUGCUUGUAUAGCUUUUAUCUGCGGCUUUAAACUGACAGGACCCAGCUGCUUACCGGAUCUGUUAAUUUGAAAAGCAUUUGCUAGGGUGGAUCUUAAGCAGUACGUAGUCUGUCAGUGUUUGUAUUUGAAUUCUCUGCAAUUUUACUGUGAAAAUUUGUUUUCAACAAUUAGUGUCAUUUUCUCAAUGUCACUGUUUGUUGGAGUUAAAUGGUUUCUUCCUGCCCCUCUUUGUAGCUCAUCUAUGUUUGCUCCAGGGCACUGUCGUCUUCUGAGGUGCUAAAGCAUCUGUCAGCACACUAGAACAUGCCUCUGUCUGGGGCACGGCACGGAUUGUGAGAUAGUCCUGAGCUUAUCUGAUGACUUCACACCUCAGUAUUGGUCCCAGAAUUCUCUGGCCUUUCAUGGCAACGAAAAUUUUAAGGAAGAGAUUUAAAAUAUUUUAAUUUUAAAGAGUGUGUUAUAAAAUAAUGUACUAAAUUCUCUAUUCCAUUCUAUCAUCUUUUUUCAGUUUAUAUUAAUCUACUGUAUCAAUAAAAUUCUGUAAUUUGAAUGGGCUUUUAAUAGUCUAGAAUGUUAUUGUGUAUAGAUAUUACUUCUUGAACAUUAUGUUCAGAAAUGCAAAUUAUUACACUAUAAUAUAAAACCUGAUAUAUACACGUUAGGAAAGUUCUCAUUCUCCAUAACCAUGUAAAGUUAAUCAGAAACAAAAAAUUUUAUUGAUGCAGUGUAUCUUUAUAAAUUUGUUCUUGAAAGCCAAGUGUUUUGUAUUUUAUAGUGAGUUGCAUGUUUAUGAAAAAUUGCUGAUCAUGAGAUGUGCUUUUCUGUAAAUUCAUACUUAGCCAUAGUAUAUGAUAGAUGACCCCCUAACAUAGUUUUUCAUCAAGAGUUUAUAAUUGUAUUUUAUUUUGGAGCCAAAAAAAAAAUUGUUUGGGGGUGGGGUGGGAGUGCUGGGUGGCAGUGAUUUAUCUAGUUUGGGCUGAGACUUUAGGCGUCACACUCACAAACACUGAGAGAGUCCUACUGCAGAAUAGGAAAGAUGGAAAUUUGCCUGGGUUUAAUUUAGAGGUCUGCAAAGUCUAAAAAUGGAUUAUCAAGGCAAUGCCCUUUACAUAGAGUAUGAACCAAAAUGUAAUGGUUGCUACCUUGUGCUCACCUGAAUUAACUUUAGAUUUACGGGUGCAGGGUUGUUUUUGCACAAUUGUUAACAGUAGAAAAGAAAAUGACAUUUUGAGUUACCAAGUUAUUAUAUCAAGUAACAGAGCAGUUUCAUAUAGUACACCUUUAUGUUUCCAAAAUUGGAUAUAAUAAAUUGGGAUGCUAUAAAGAAGUGACUAUUUUAGAAAUGACAUCAUGCUAUUUUCUAGUAUGUAUCGCAAAUGAUGUGAUUAUUUUUCUUUUUAAUAUUUCCUCAUGUUUAUGAAACACUUUAUUUUUUAAAAGAUGUUUGAAUUGUGUCUUAAUCCUUCAGUGUUUAACUUCCUUCAUUUGCAACAGUGUUGGCACCAGUGGUGAUGGGAGGCCUCUGUCUGUGAGGACAGCUAGUGCUGGAUUACGAUACUUUGUAUUUUAAAUGUUUCAUUAACUCAGCUCUCCAGACAAUGAUGUUUCAGUUUCAACAGUACAGAAGCAUGUUUUUAAACUUACGGCAUAAAUAAUAAAGGAUAGCAUUGUAUUUUUGUCAUCAACUAAACUUCAUUGGAAAUAUUUAUGGAAAUAUAUGUUUAAAACCAUUUUAUAAAACAAAAAAUUAUUAUGGAGGAUUUUUAUUUGCAUGAUCAUAGUUCACCAGAUUUCAUUGCACAUUAAUGCUGUGCAUCGGUUCAUGACAGACAUGGUCACUGUAGAUUUGUUUAUGUCCAAUGCCAAUGAGUCUGUAAUUUUACAACCCGCCUGUUCACUUUUUGGGAGGAUUAUAAUGUAAAAUUUCCAUUUUUGUGUAGAGAAAUAGGUGCAAUAAUGAUCAAAGUUUUUAUGUCCCGAGUCUCCAUCUUGGGGGCUUAUUAUUAUGUUUAAACUUAACACUUCCUGUACUAACACUUGGAGAGCCACAUACUUUAAAAUAAAGCUAAGUAUGUAUAUGACAUUAAUUGCUACAGUUGUUAGCACACUGCAGUGGUCAUACUCAUUUUGAGAACGUGUACUGUCUGACAUUAAGGAACUGUAACAAGCUCAUUGUAACAAGCCGGCUGUUGGAAGGAAUCUGGUGACUCCCAGGUGAGCCUUGCUUGCUGCAGUGCCCCACUAAGCUCUUUCAGUGAUCUCCACUCUGUGUAAAUUAGAAAUGUGCUGUAAAACUUGUUCUAGACAUUAAAGUUUAAAUGACUUUCUACAUCUUCUUACAGCUUGCAAGUUUGACUUUUAAAGGUUCCUUUUGCCGACUGAAAGAAUAUCGGGGAUUUAAUGAUUUGUUUAACUUAUGCAUAACCUUCUACCACAUAGUAUUAUCAAUGAACAGUUGGUUCUAGAUGUCCAGUUUUCAGACACAGUUUUGGAUUUUCUGUGAACUUAAAUAAAUAUAGACGCUCGUGUAAUUAUA